AAUUAAAAGAAAAAAGAAGAGGAAACUGAAGAAGCAACAAGGAAAGCUUCUAACAUUUGAUGAUGCUUCUCUUUCACCGGAUAUAUAAUAUAUAAAGUAAUAAUAAGGAAAUAUGUAUAUGUAAUGUAAAGCAUGUCCUUCCUCCUCCUCCUCCUCAUUACCUACUACUGACAACUCCACAUCUUCUUCCCCCUUUCAUACCAAUUUUGGAAACCCUACAAACAGUCUCUUCUUUUUACUGAUCUUUCACAAUGUGCCUGUUCUGGGUUUCUACCAACGCCCUUAUUUCCAUCUCCGUUUUUUGUGUGAACUAAUUUCUGGUUAUUCAGUUUCUUCUUGUCUGCAACUCAGAGGCUCUCAAUCAGGUUUAUUAGCAUCUAGGGAAAUGGCAUCUCUCAAGCAUACCCUAAACAAGAAACACAUUGGCAUGCAGUUGUGGGUAAUAAUAGCGAUCUGUCUGGGAGUGGUUUGUGUACUCAUCCUGAUGGUUUCACUGUGGUGUACUUUUAGAAAGAAAACAAAGACAAACAGCAAGCUUCCUGUAAGUCAAAGACCAAAUGUUUCAGAGGAAAUUAAAGAGAUCCGUGUUGAUCAAAAUUCAGCACAUAAUGGUGGUUUCCUCAGCCUUGAUGAUAAGUUCAGCGACAAAGAAUCUGAGAAAGUGUUAAUCCAAUUAGAAAAUGGUGAUGAUAGCAGCCAAUCUGGGAACUUUAGCCAUGUCGACAAAGAUGGUGUUGGGUCUCAAUUAGGAGAAGAGGGAGCCACGGGAACAGCCUACAGGCCUUCUUCACAUCCCUUGACUGCCCCUUCACCUCUUUCUGGCCUGCCUGAAUUUUCUCAUUUGGGCUGGGGUCAUUGGUUUACCCUCAGAGAUCUACAAGUUGCUACAAACCGGUUUUCCAAGGAAAAUAUAAUUGGUGAUGGUGGAUAUGGGAUUGUUUAUCAGGGCCAUCUAGUUAAUGGGACUCCAGUGGCUGUCAAGAAGCUCCUGAACAAUCCAGGACAAGCUGAUAAGGAUUUUAGAGUUGAAGUAGAGGCUAUUGGUCAUGUGCGGCAUAAAAACCUAGUUCGACUUUUGGGGUAUUGCAUUGAAGGAACCCACAGGUUGUUAGUGUAUGAGUAUGUUAAUAAUGGCAAUUUAGAACAAUGGCUCCAUGGGGCCAUGCGCCACCAAGGUUACCUUACAUGGGAAGCACGCAUGAAAAUUCUAGUUGGCACUGCAAAGGCCCUGGCUUAUUUGCAUGAGGCUAUUGAGCCAAAGGUGGUGCACCGAGACAUAAAAUCGAGCAACAUAUUGAUUGAUGACAAUUUUGAAGCUAAGAUAUCGGAUUUUGGCCUGGCCAAAUUAUUGGGUUCUGGAAAAAGUCAUAUUACAACUAGAGUCAUGGGUACAUUUGGUUAUGUUGCUCCAGAAUAUGCCAAUUCUGGUCUUCUGAAUGAAAAGAGUGAUGUUUAUAGCUUUGGAGUUGUGCUUUUGGAAGCAAUCACUGGAAGAGAUCCAGUGGAUUAUGGUCGCCCUGAGAAUGAGGUAAAUCUGGUGGAGUGGUUGAAGAUGAUGGUUGCAACAAGACGGUCAGAAGAGGUUGUAGACCCCAUGAUUGAGACAAGACCAUCCACAAGUGCCCUUAAACGAGCUCUUCUAACUGCUUUAAGAUGUGUGGAUCCAGAUUCUGAGAAAAGACCAAAGAUGAGCCAAGUAGUUCGUAUGCUUGAGUCAGAGGAAUAUCCUAUACCUAGAGAGGAUCGAAGACGGCGCAAGAGCCAGGCAGGGGUCAAAGACAAUGAGACUCAAAGGGAAAAUUCUGAUACAGAUCCAGAUCCAAAGGCAGACAGCAGAAGGAACCGUCAGGCAUAGGAAUGAGAACUGUUUGUACAUCUGAAUAUAUACACCUCAAAAGAGUAAAUCACACAUUCUUUUGACAUUGGAACUCAUGGUAUUGGAGCACUGGAGGGUCUGGAUGAUUUAUUUUUCCUCUUUAACAUUUUUAGUAUUUACUUCCAGAUGGUAUAGAGAAGAUUAGUGUGUAUGGAAUUUGCCAUGUUAGAAAGGACACCCUUGCCAGGAGUGGUGUGUACAGAUCUUGGUGAUUUUGGUUUCAAAGAGUGUUUUUUUUUUUUU